AUGUCAACAGCUUGGAAGAAUCACUACAUCAACGAUGCUGAAAAGAUCGAAGUUCGGGAUGCCGACAUUGGCGACACUAUUAUUUUCGAACUGCAACCCGUGAAUCCGGACGACAACAACCUGUUCUCUCUGGACCCUAACUCUGGCAUCCUACGCACAACAGCCAUGCUGGAUACGGAGAACAAAUCCACGCACUCAUUCAUUGUUUUCGCGCGGGACUCGCGAGGCGGAAUUCAGAACGAAGCAGUGGCCCCAAUGAAAGUGUACGUGGACAAUAAGAAUGACUUUUCACCUGUGAUUUCGAACUGCCCGCGACAUUUGGAGGUGUUGGAGGAGCAACGACAGCCACUUUUUGAGAUCUUCAGAGCAAAGGACGAAGACAAAUCAGUGAACGGCGUGAUCCAGUUCUCUUUGAAGUCAGCUGAAGACGAAGAGAACAUCAACUCCAAGUUCAAGAUCACCAAUGACGACAAGGGACACUCGGCCACACUGACUCUGUUGUCCCCGGUGGACAGGGAGGAGAAGAAGGAGUACAGGUUCUAUGUAGUCGCAGAGGACCACGGCGUCCCUCCCAAGAGCCACGCUUGUGAGAUAACGGUGAAUGUUCGCGACAUCAACGACAACAGACCCAUCCUGUCUAUCCCCUACCCAGGAGGAGGGUCCACAGGAGCCGCACACGUGUUCACAGUGUUCGAGGAGAUGUUACAGCUUCCGGAGGAGAUCCAAGUGGUGGCCACUGAUCCAGACAAAGACACUCAGGAUCAGGCAGAUGUCAGAUUCAGUAUUGUGUCGUGCAGUUGUGGCGAAGGUAUCUUCAACAUCGACCAGUUCACAGGGAUAGUCACUCUGUUCAAGCCGCUGGAUUACGAGCAAGUGAAGGAGUGCCGACUGAACGUCUCGGGGACAGACGAGGGCGGGAACGGACUGACUUCCUACAUCGAAGUUGUCACCCAAGUGGUGGGUUUGAACGACAAUCCUCCUAUCUUCCCAGGAGUCAUCCAGAAACACUUCCAAGAGACCCCCUCAUAUGGAGAAUUCAUCACAGAAUUGGCUGUGGAUGAUGCUGAUGAAGAUGACACCAGCGUAUUCAGUUUCGUCGAUGACUCUUCUGCAGUGAAUUUCUACUUGCAAGGAAAUUACAAUGAGAGGCUGAUGGCAAAUCGAGAUUUGACCAACACAAGCUAUCUUUUCCUGGUAAAAGCAACAAACAACCCUCGGUCGCUAACUGCAACAGGUCUGGUGGACAUCACAAUUGGCCCCACCCAGCCAGAAAGAUUGACCUUCUCCCGCGCUUCCUACACCUCUCAGAUCGACGAGGGCUCCCCCUCCGGCACACGUGUGGUCCAGGUGACCGCCAGCAGGGCACAAGGCGGCGAAGAAGGAAGUGAAGGUUCAGUGACCUCCUCGUCACCUGUGACCUAUGCCCUCUUCAGUCCGACUGUGGAGGGAGCACUGAAGAUUGAUGAAUCUUCCGGGGAAAUUUCCGUGAGCAAUUCAAGUUUGCUGGACUAUGAGAAAGUUCAGAAGAUCACAGUGCACGUUCAGGCCACUGCCCAAGUAGAUGACGGAAGCCAAGGCGUGAAGAAGAUCGUCGGCUAUUCGACCGUGGUCGUGACUUUGGGCAACUUGAACGACAAUGAGCCCUAUUUUGUGUCUGACCAUAAUCACAGUACGAUCGCGGAGGGUGAUUACUCGCCUCAGAACCCACUGGCUGUUGGGGAUAUGCAAGUCAGAGACGAAGACGAACGAAGCGAUAGACUGGUGCUCUCAGUCGUCUCAAUCGAACCCCCCACCAACCCACCGGUGUUCCAGUUCAUCAACCAGAUGCUAGUGGCGGUGGGGAAGCUGGACAGAGAGAAGGUGCCAGAGUAUAGAGUGACAGUGAGAGUGACGGACUCGGGUGGCGAGGUGACUCACUGGAGCCAGAAGGUGCUCACUAUAACUGUCAGUGACAAAAACGACAAUCCAGCCAUAUUCUCCAACUUCCCUACGCCUGUGUAUAUCGCAGAAGACACUGAGCCUGGAACUGUGAUUGGAUCAUACGUAGCUGAAGAUGAUGACGCAGUGUCCAAUGUAACAUACAGUCUGGUCAACAGUCGAUCAGCAGACGGAUCCACCUCGACCUUCAUCUUCAAACAGAACGGAGACCUCAUUCUGAACGACGCGCUCAAUUAUGAGAAACAAUCCGAAUACGUUCUCAAGCUGCGCGCCUUUGACGGACAAUUCACGAACGAACGAGAACUCACUGUCAAAGUCGAAGACGUAAAUGACAACAAGCCAGAGUUUGACGAAGACCUCUAUGAAGUUCAAAUAGACAGUGGAAUACCUGUAAACAGUCCAUUCAUCACUGUUCAGGCGACCGACAAAGAUUCCAAGAAGUUCGGUCAAAUAAUAUACAAAUUGAUACUCGAUGAUUGGGAGACUUUUAAAAUCAACGAAACGUCAGGUGCAAUUUGUUCUAAGAAAAGUUUGACUCAAAUACGUGACAAUCAACUGACAUCAGUGACAAUCGAAGCGCAAGACGGAGGUAGUCCUCCCUUGAAAGAGACUGUCAGAGUUGCUAUCAAGGUCAUCGCAAAUCGACAAGCGGAUGAGUCGCCAGUGAUCUUACCCAUAGACACAGUGUCAGUGCCCGAGAACAAGAAAGUGAACUCUGGUAUUUUCCGAGUCAGUGCUCACUUCCCCGACGGGUCAAGAAGCUCUUAUAUCAAGUACCAAUUAGUCUCGGGAAACGAAGAUUCGACCUUCAAGCUGGCCCUUGAAGCGGAGGGAAAUAACUACGGGGCUCUUUUGAUGCUUGCGAAGGAGCUGGAUCGAGAAACGAAGGCCAAGUACGAGCUAAGAGUUCUCGCGUACGACGAGAGAAGACCCAGUCUUAACAGUACUGCCAGUUUUCUUGUUGCAGUCGGAGAUGUAAACGACAUCGAGCCGACGUUCAUAGGACUGCCGUACAGAGCCAAUGUUUCAAUAAAUUCAACUGUCGGCAAAGCGGUCAUAAGAGUUCACGCUGAAGACGGCGACGAAGGCGUGAACUCUCUUAUAACGUACAAAAUUGUUUCCGGUGAUCCAAAUAAUUACUUUAAAAUUGACCCUGAAACCGGUUGGAUUGAACUGUACCAGGUUCUUCCUUUCAAUGUCAAAGAUGAAAUUAAACUAACAGUUAGUGCCAGUGAUCCAGUGUUCACGACGAAAGCGAAUAUCUAUCUUACGAUUCUGAACCAGAAUGCUAACGCUCCGGUUUUCCCAAUGAAUGUGUUCAAUUUCCACAAACAAGAAGGAGCCGAAGAUCUUUAUGCGUUCAGAUUAACGGCUCUCAGUGGUCGCCAGGAACAUCUUGAUGGAAUAGAGUACGACAUUGUAGAUUCUGAGGUACAAAAUGUGUUCGAAAUUGACAAAUACAAUGGAGACGUAUUCUUUAUUUCAUCUCCCGAUUACGAAGCGGCACCUGAUGGUGGCUACACUUUCCACAUUCGAGCUAAGAACUCAAUCGGUCAGUCUGACAUCGCAGUAGUAAAUAUGAUAAUCCAGAGUGUGGAUGAAUUUCCGCCUUAUUUCGAAGACACUCCCUAUAAGUUCACGGUCAAUGCAGAUGCGGAAACGUGGACAAAGGUCGGAGAAGUUCACGCAUUUGACAAUGACAGGGGACCUGAUGGAAUUGUCAAGUACCGAUUCACAAAGAAGUAUCCAAACUUCAAAAUCAAUGAAAGAUCUGGCGAGAUUUUCAUCAAUGAAAGCUUGGAGGAUAACAGAAACUGGCUUCCGGAAAAUACGCAGUCUGAUUCGGGAUUAAUUUCUAUGACCCCACUGCUCGUUGAAGCAUCUUCUGGAAAGGCGAAUUCACUUCACAAAAUUGAAGCGGUAGAAAUAGUUGUUGACGUCGCCUGUUGUGCAGGACUUGUCGCUCCCGCCAAGUCAAGCGAAAAAAGCCCAGUUAGCGGAGUGAUUUUGGCAGUCAUUCUUGUGGCUAUCGUUGUGGGUCUCGUCGUCGGCGGAAUUGCUGUGCUUGCAUGUGUGUUCCAUAGAACUAAGAAUGUCGGCGCUCACCCGCCGUCAGUUUCCGGAUCUCCGACUCAUGCAGAGUCUUAUCAAAACGGAUUCAUGAGCGUACGUGAAGGCAUUUCUCCGGCGCAUUCGACUCCCAGUCGCAAUUCAAGCAUGCAUAUUUACCCGAACACACUCACAAUGCCGAACGGGGGAUUAAUCGGGUUUCCUCAGCACUCACAGCGAUCAGCUGCUUCGAGUGGUCGGGGCUCAGCUAUGAACGACGCUGACUCAGAAAUCAAAAGAAUCAACGACAGGAACUACCUUUUGAACGCAAAGACGCCUGACUUUUUAGCAUACCAGAAAGAUUCCGGCUUCAACGAUAUGCAAGAUAACGUGUCGGUUGACAGCGUCGCGCAGAACAUUGCCGAAGUUAUUUUCGGUGAAGAAGACCAACACGUGUACGCAAGUGCAAGUAUCGAAAGCGUUCAUCCGUUUGCCGAGGAUAUCGGCCGAACAGGAAUGAGUAGUCUCAUCUACUCGAAACUCCAAGAAAUAGGAGCAGAUCAGUUUGAUCCUCAUAAAGGCUUCCAAGGAAGCUUCAAUUCACUUGUGGGCCACGAUUUGCACGAAAACUACAACUGGGAUCAUUUAUUGAACUGGAACCCGCAAUAUCACCAACUUGCCCAAGUGUUUGCGGACAUUGCCAAGUUGAAAGAUGACGGCGAGGGAUCCCCUGGUGCACUACCGGAGCCAUCGCCUCAUCUCUUUGCAAAUGGAAACAUCGCCAAUCAACCUGUAAGCUACACUCUGACGCAACAGAACCAGCAGCCAAUCAUGUCACCAGGCUCUAAAAAGAACUCACACCCUCCGUUUUUGACAACCAUGGUGCAACCGGGAAGCCAAGCGGUGCACCCAGUGGCCGCUUAUCGUCAACCCAACGCAGGAAUCGUCAUUGGGCACCCGACAAGUAGAGCAGGAUACCCUAUGCCACCCACCUCUCUGGGUCGCUCGAGCAACGGAAGUGCAGUUUUGAACAAUAUCCCGACAUCAUAUGUGAAUAGCAAUAUGAACGCUUCCACGUCUAUAGCUUUAACUCAGAAACACCCAUCACAAGGGUUCAAUCAAGGACAAAACAUGCAGCAAAGAAACCAUAAACUGAGCAAUGGGAGUCUAACAGGAAGCACGACCAGUAGUAACGGGAGCACUAAGCUACCAGCCAAUCAUAAAUCUUUAUCUAAACAACAUCACCUGGCUAUGGGUGUGAACGGAGCUGUUGCAGGCAAUCAACGAGGUCGAAACGGAAACAACUCUAGACCCUACAUCCGAGAAGAGCAGGUGUGAUGUGAUGAAGGCCUAGAUUGAACUCAACUCCUCUGACAACCAACCACUAAUUAUGUAGAGAUCAUCCAUUGUUAGUAAUGAAAACAGUGCUUAUUUAUAACUUGUUGUUUAACUCGAUGUGCAGUUUUUACUUUAAAUCGAAAAUUAGACAUUCUCUCAUCUUCCUUAUUUUCGUAUUGAUAAAUUUUUGUUCCAAAUUUAAAACUUUUGCUUCAAA